UAACUCAUAACUUAGUUAUAUUUAAUUAUUUAUAUAUACCAUAUUAUCUUAUAACUAUCAUAUAACUAAAUUAUUUUAAUAAUUUAAUUUUGAAUUGGCAACCGGUCUAACCGGUUGCCAAAAUCAGAAGUCCAACGGUCCCAAGUCAGUUGCCUCCCUCUCUUGGUCUGGUUCGUGCUCUUGCUCUUCUCUUCUCCUCCCUCCUCUCUUCCACCAUAGCCGAAGCUGCAGAGAUUGUCGAAGUCCAACGGUCAAGCGUCGGGGCCACCGUUCUUCACCUUUCUCUUCUCUUCCACCAUAGCGAGAGAAGAACGAUUGGCCUCCCUCUCUCUCUUGCUCUUCACCUUUCUCUGAAGGGUUUGUUUUUGGAAGCAUUAUCUGAGGUGGGUUCGAUCGAAUUUUGGGCCGUUGAAGCCGUUUUCAAUUCGAUGUUUGUGUUUCUGUUAUCGUCUAGGAAAUGGACAAGAAUCGAGACAUGAGGCGUGGAGGAGCGAGUCGGUCCUCGCCUGCAAAUCCACAAGUUAUUAAGCAAUCUGGUAUGAAUAAUAAUUUUGAGGGCACUGUUUUCUCGAAGAAAUUGAAGAAAGAAAGAAUGAGAAGAUUGAGCGUUGUUGGUAAAGUGAAUUCUAGUAACGAAAACGGCGAAAUGGGUUGUGCUGGGUCUGAAUUUGAAGAUGAGAUUCGUAACACGACAAGUAUUAGCAAGAGAUUUAGGUUUCCCCAAAAGGUUUUUCAUGAAUGCAACACAGUUGAUCAUGCCUCUGUUCCUCGGAAGCUACGGUCAGCCAUGAAGAAGCGCAACCGUGAAUCCAUUUCUCCACCAUUCCCAGAUAAGAAGGAGACAAACCAUGGGACCAAUGGAGUUGAAUUACCGGGCAUAAAGAAAUCCAGACUGAAUGUAGUACAACCAGAAGAUCUAGAUGGAUCUCCAAGCCGGCCAAUCACAAAAGAUGAGGAAGAAGUGGUAGAGACUCUGUAUGCCUUGGCUGAUAUGUUCCCAAACAAUAACAAGAAUGGCUUGGAUGGUGAAUUGGGAAAACCAAAAUCUUGGCAUUUGCCUGAGGGAGAGAGUUCAAGGCCUGCAUGUGAAGGUUCUGCAGCUCCUGAAAAGGAAGAGGACUUAAAGUCACUUUGCCUUUCAACUACUUCUGAGGCUGAGGCUGUCAAUCCUUCGUUGUUAGAAGGAUCGUCUCAUGACAGUGUAGAAGUCAAAUGUUUGAAGGAAUCAUCACAACCUAGUUUUCCCAACAGCACCCAAUUGCUUACAGAAUUGGAUAAUACCAUUUCUCAACGAAAUGUCCAAGCAAUGUUUCCAAUGUCAAAGAGCGAACCUAUCUGUGGGAAACAAGCCUGCAAUUCUGUUGGUUGCAAUGUUCAAUCUUAACU